UGAAGAUGGCAACGUAUUGUUGAUCGACAAACCGAUCGAAAAUCUUCAACAACUCGUGAACAGUUAUCUUUGCAGUAUUCAGUGUUUUGUUUCUACAAUCAUAAGACUUAUUUGCACCCUUUAUAAUACUAAAUUCUUAAUUCGUAUGGUGUCAUAUGGGUUUAAACAAUACGUCGAUCAAAUUUCAAGGUAUCUAUGGACUGACUGCGGGUAAAUAAAGUAGCCUGUCUUGGUUUGUACACCGAUAGAUGUCACUGUUUGUAAGUAGGUCAAGCUAGGAUAAAACUGUGUCACAUCGUGGAGAGACAAGGUGCGUGUUGUGAGAUGGAUUCAUUUCAAGAUUACAAGAAGUCGACAGAGCAAAUAAACCACAAAAACUGGAAAGAAAUAAAAGCCCAAAGAAGAAAAUGGAAGGAAGAAAAACUGCUUAGUGAAUUAGAAAAACAUAAGAAAAGGAAAACUGAUGACGAUCCCAAGAAUAAAGAAAAGAAAGAAGAAGAUGCCAUAACAAGGACGGUCAGCAUUGCCUUGCCUGGGUCCAUCUUGGACAAUGCCCAGUCCCCAGAGUUGAGGACAUACUUGGCAGGACAGAUAGCCAGAGCAGCAGUAGUCUUCAGGGUGGACGAAGUGAUCAUCUUUGACGAGACGGGAUCAGCUGAAAAUACAACCAGUGGUUCCUACACAGGUGUGGGUAAGAAGGGGCAUGCUAACGUCCAGCUAGCCCGUAUACUGCAGUACCUGGAGUGUCCACAAUACCUGAGAAAGUCCCUGUUUCCACAGCACACUGAUCUACAAUAUGCAGGUCUCCUGAAUCCUCUGGACUGUCCCCAUCACAUGCGGGCGGAGGAUGAGUGUAACUACAGGGAAGGCGUGGUGCUGGACAAACCUGUGAAGGAAGGGAAAGGAUCCUAUGUUAACAUUGGGUUAAAGAAGGAGUGUCAAGUGGAUUUACAAUUACAAACUGGUGUGAGAGUAACUGUGAAAUUAAAGUCUACACAAUCAGAUAAAAAGACUCUGAAAGGCAAAGUCGUCCCACCUUCUGUUCCAAGACAGAAGGAGGACCUUUACUGGGGAUACAGUGUGCGUCUAGCUGACAGUCUCAGCUCUGUGUUCACAGAAUCUCCCUAUGACGGUGGAUAUGAUUUGAUGAUUGGGACUUCAGAAAGAGGGGAAAAUGUGGACACUCUGAAAAUGAAGGAUUUUAGACACUUACUAAUAGUAUAUGGUGGUGUCCAGGGUCUAGAGGCCAGUCUGGAGGUGGACACUAAGUUGGACAUAGAGGACCCUAGUUUACUGUUUGACCAUUAUCUUAACACAUGCCCUGGUCAGGGGAGUAGGACUAUAAGAACUGAGGAGGCCAUUUUGAUUACCAUGUCAGCGUUACGACCGCACAUUCAAAGGAUUUCAUCCACAAGCUGACAUAACCACACCUCUUUAAAACUUUAGAACAGUUCAUAGUUGUUUGAAAAAGUUUUUAUUUCAAAGACUUACUUUUCAGAAGAUGGAAAAAGAAAAGUUGAUGUGUUUCAUCAUCAUAUAUAUGGCAAAGAAACAUUAUUGAACAGCAAAAGUGCACAUGGACAACACGACAGAUAGCUUAUUAUUUUUAUCAUUCACAGCUACUCAGCAAAUUUGAAGUAAAACAAACAGUUUGACACUCAUAGGGUGUAUGUUGCUGAUUACACACAAAAAAUGAAAAAUCAGUAACUGUCAUAAAUUUGAAAUACAUUGAGUGUCUGUGUUAAAAGAGAAACAACAUUUUAUUUCGUAAAGAUUUUGAAGGAAUGUAAUAGAACCGAUAUAGAUAUGCCAUAGAAAUCUAUAAAUCAAUAUAUUACUUCAUUUUUUCAUUAUAAAUUAAAGGAAUAACAAAUUGGAUUGGUGGGAAAAGUGCCAUAAAACAGGAUU